ACUUUCAGGCGGCAUUUCAAUAUCGGUUUUGGAUCGCGCCUUUUUCGAAAAUUUUUAAUAAUGGGUUGUGUUGAAAGUAAAGAAAGACGAGCCGCUGAAGCUCGCUCACGAGAUAUUGAUAAAACUUUGAGAGCUGAUGGUGAGGCAUCGGGCAGAGAAGCAAAACUCUUGCUUCUUGGAGCAGGGGAAUCAGGGAAGAGCACCAUUGUUAAGCAAAUGAAAAUUAUUCAUAUGUCGGGUUAUUCUGAGGAAGAAUGCAAGAAGUAUAAGCCUGUUGUAUUCAGCAAUACUAUACAAAGUAUGGUCGCUAUCCUGAGAGCAAUGGAACAGUUACAGAUAGGCUGUGCAUGUCCAAACGCAGUGAAUGAUAUUACUACUAUUUUAAAUCUUGCACGAACAGAUAUAGAUGUCCUCCCUGAUGAGGUAUCCAGUGCCUUGAAGAGAUUAUGGUAUGAUCCGGGUGUUCAAGUAGCUGUGAGUAGAUCGCGUGAAUUUCAACUGAAUGAUUCUGCAUCAUAUUUCCUUGAUUCUUUGGAUAGGUUGUCAAGUUCAGGAUAUAUUCCUACACAGCAGGACGUUCUUCGUACAAGAGUUAGGACGGGUGGAAUUGUAGAAACACACUUUUCUUUUAAAGGAUUGGACAUAAGAAUGUUUGAUGUCGGAGGUCAGCGUUCUGAAAGAAAGAAGUGGAUUCACUGUUUUGAAGGUGUAACAGCAAUCAUUUUUGUGGUUGCUAUAAGUGAAUACGAUUUAACUCUUGCUGAGGACCAAGAAAUGAAUCGAAUGAUGGAAUCAAUGAGGCUUUUUAGUUCAAUAUGCAACAACCAGUGGUUCACAGAAACAAGCAUCAUUCUGUUUUUGAAUAAGCGAGAUUUAUUUGAAGAUAAAAUUAUGAAAUCUCCAUUAACUAUAUGUUUUCCUGAUUACACUGGAAUUUGCGUGCAUCUAGUGCAGGAGUUAAAUUGGGAGAACAAAAAGAAUAGUUUACCUUCAAUUUUCCGAAAAUGUAAUAAAAAGCCUACGUUUCGAAGGAACAGACACUUUCAGUGGUGGCAUGUACAGGAAUCUCAUCGAUGCAGGUCAUAUGGUGGUCAUCCUGAAGUCCCUUUCAAUGAUCAGUGGACGAAAUAUUUCAAUUAUGUUGAAGUUUGCCAGAGCAAUUACUAUCAAACGCCUCAGACCCGUGUUCAGAAAGAAACAGUUGUCAGUCUCUCCUGGACCUAGUAGUCGGAUACUGUCAUUUUAUUUGGUCACAUAAUUUUUGGUUUUAGUGUGUUCGCCUUCGCAAUGAUGUAAUCUUGCAAGUCCUUUGUUCUUAUGAUUUCAGUUGAUCUCACCAUACUGUCACUUGACUUAUUCAUUACUCAUUAUCAUAAUCCUCAUCUUAUCUGCCACCUGUCUUUAUUAUGUUACUCCUUUCUCAUUGUAUUCAAGCAUUUAUUUUUCGUUUAAAUUCGAACCUUCUGUAAUUUCUGCUCACGUUUCGCUGCCUUUGUAGUCUCCUGUCAACUGUUAUCAUCUAGCAUAUUCAAGUGUGUUAAAAUUGUUCUGUACAUAGACCUACUAUUCUCUUCAGUUUGUACGCAGCUGAAGAGCAGCUGACUAGAUAAAGGUUGAUACCAUCUUAUUUUUCACAAAACGUUGUUUCUACCUUAUUCAAGGUUCUGGAUAGUUCAUCACGUAGAUAGGGUAAGAAAAUGUGGUAUUUUUGUUGCAUGCUCGAGAU